AUCGGGGCUGCCAACUAUCGUGUGGAUAAAAAAGCUGAAUAAAUAGAAACGAAGACGUGUGGAUUCGCUUCUUAAAUGUCUAGCCAUGUCAAAAAUGCCAAAACUGUUUACGUCGGGAUAUAUCUAUAGGUUUUUUUAUAGGGACUAUUCGUUAUAUUACAAACAUAAAACCAUCAUAAUUAGCUAUAUUCCAGCUAAACAAUUGCACCAUCACUAAUAGUGCGAUCGAUAACCACACCGCGCUUCGAUAUACCGUUUCUUGUUCGAGCGCGUACAUUUUUGUAUUUAUUUUAUAACAAUUUGAGUUGUUAAAAUGCCUGGGAUGGAGAUGUCAGAUUACCUACGAAAAUUUUUGGCCGACGAAGAUGAAAGCAUUCGUGAAAUUUGCAAAGAUCCCGAAUGUGACGGUAAAAUGAUAAUGUGGAUGCACAACAAGACGCGAAUAACCGAGCAGGAUCUCGCACGGGAAUACACCGCGGACGAAGUUCGAGAGCUGUGCCUGAGGACCAAGAUAAGAGUUAAUAUGACAUUGUACAAUUGUCUUUGGGACGCAAAGAAGCGUUUCGAUGCAAAAAAUCGCCUGGAAAACAAGUCCGAGAAAUUUAUCAACGGCAUGUACUUGAAAGCGGUGAGAAAGAAGAUGGUUGGACCGUAUCCGAAGGAUUAUAUUGCAAAUCACAGAGACGUGGUUAGAGCUCAGACCAAAAAGCUGAACAACCAUCGGCUGGAUAGAUGGCAUGGCAAGAAGAGUAAUAUGGAAUCCGCUCCAGAUUGGGAGUCCCCAGAGAAUCUAGAUAGCCCAGUGAUCCAGGGAUCCGAGGACACCUUCGGUUCGACCUUUGACUCAGACGACAAGGAGGAAGAGUCGCCACAGAAGGCGCCAGCGAUGCCAAAUGCAGUUGCAGAGCCUUCCGUAGCCGCUGCCCCAGCAGAUCAAGAUGAAAGCCUAGAGGAGGCGCUGGAGUUGUCUUCGGUAUCAGGCAUUGGGGACCAGGAGGGUGAGAAGGACCAGCAGCAGCCGCAGCCAGCUUCCCAUCUUCAGGACGUCAACUGCCCGGCUACACAGAUGGAUGAAAGCUGGGUACGUUUUGGCGUUCAAAUAAAUUCGGAAAGCAUGUCGAUUGGAGAAUCAAUUGAUUCGGAGGACUAUCCAAGUACCCAAAACUCAGAGCCCGACUACCAAACUUUCAACACCCAGGUAACCGCAUCCACCCAGGAGUCUGCCAAAUAGGAUUACAGUUCAAUGUUUAAAAUCCUAGUUUUGCAUUUAUUGAUUUGUUUAAUCUUACUAGUGUCUAAGUGUAGUGACGGUAUAAAACUUGUUAAAAACAUUGAGUUCCUAAAAAUUUGUAAAAACUAAUAAUAAAAUCGUUGUAAAAAAUAA